CCUGUUGUGAAAAAUGUUACCUGUUGAACAAAGAGUGAAGGAACAUUGAAUGAAAUAUUGUAUGCUGGAUAUUAGCACAAUAGCUCAAUAUCACUGCACUGAGAGAUGCUAAGACAGGGUCACGCAUGCAAGGGUUCCAUGGUAGGGAAAUUUCUGUGAGGAAGAAAUGGGAAGUAGCAAGACUAUCCAAUCACAGGGCAAGGUAAUUUGAGGCAAAGAAAAGUAGGAAGUAGUGUGAGUAUAGGGAUGCAAGACCACCAUGCAAACAGCCUUGUCAAGUCACCUUUGUUGUGCUCGGCACAACACAAUGAAAGCAUCUUUGUUGUGCUUAGCACAAAGGCUGUGAUGAGUUGUCAGGGUCCAGAGACUUAAACCCCCUGCUCAAUUACCGUCCUUAUCAUUGAUACAUUUUCUCCCUAUUUCUUCUUUUUCUCCUCCUCCUCCUCCUCCUCCCCCUCCUCCUCCCGCUCCUUCUCCUCUUUCUUCUCUACCUCCUCCUCUUCCCCUACCCCUCUUCUUUCUUCUUCCUCCUCCUCCUUCCUCCUUCCUCCUUCCUCUUCCUCUUCUUUCUCUCUUCUUCCUCCUCCUAUUCCUUCUUCCUCCUCCUCCAUCUCUUCCUCCUAUUUCUGAGACAGCCCAGGCAGCCCUUGAAUUUAGAUUCUCUUGCCUCAGUACCUCAAGUCCUGGGAUUACAGGUCUUUACCACCAAUCCAGGCUUCAGUUUAUUUUAUGCCAACAGUAAGACAUGCUUUUACCUUAGAAAGUAAGUGACGUUGUAGCUGAAUCUAGAACUCUGAUUAUGAAAUGUGAAGUAUGGUACACAAGUUUACAAAACUGACUGAAAAGGAUUUUUGCAAACAAAAAAAGUAUAAUCUUUAAUAUAUUUAAACCAGUCCUGUGAAAACUUCCUUUUGCAAGGUUUUCUUCACAGAAUAAUUUCAUAGCUUCAGACCCUAGUAUUUUACUGAGAUCUUAAAGUUAAGCCAUGUCAAAGUAUGUGUAUAUCCAUAAGAGAUGAAGAAGUAUGCAAAUCAGUCCUAAUGUUGGUUUCUCAAGGGGAGCAAUAAAAUAAAGAUUUACAACGAUGAGGUGUGUGUGUGUGUGUGUGUGUGUGUGUGUGUGGUGGAGGGAGAGAAUAUGAGGAGAGACAGCUGGAAUUGGGGAGUUCUUGGGGGAGGGGUGGAAACAUAGUGCAGUGGAAACUUUUUAGAAUAUGACAGUUACCUUAUUGAGGACGCCUAGUAAAAAUGGAGGAUACCAAAUCUGAAAUGGUCAUCUUUCGUAGCAAGGCAAGGCUUCUAGUAGUGGCACUGGGAUGCACUCAGUUGAGAUGUUGGCUGAGAGGAACCUAUGGAGAUCCCUAAACAACCUAGGCUGAUGUUAGAUAAAAGGUUGCUCCCUGAAUACUGACAGAAGCAGCAUUGCUGAGGACAGCUUCUACGGGACUCAUUAAACAGGAAGAAACAUAAAAGGGUCAAUUUGGUACCUGUAUGGACCUUUCAUUUCUAUGUUCUAGUCUCUUUGUAUGGAGAGGUACUCUACAGGUUACAGAAAGAGAAACUUGGACAUCAAUCAACUCAGUCACAAAAAUUUCAACCUACAAUCUGUCCUGCAUAGAACUUAUGGGAAUGGCCAACCAAUGUUCAGUUUAACUUGAAGCCCAUGCCAUGAUCCAUGAGAGGGAGUCCUUGUCUUACACUGCCUGGAUAUCCAAGAGCCAGGGACUGGAGAGCCCAGAGACCAAAGGUAAAACCAAAUAGAACUGGCAAAAACAAACAAACAAACCAAAAAACAAAACAAGAACAACAACAACAAAGAAUCAAUGAAAGGAUUCCUAACGAUACUCUGCUAUACUCAUAGAUGGAUACUCUGUCCAGUACAUAGAUGGGUAAUCUGUCAUCAGACAUCAGAGAGGCUUCCUUCGGCAGCAGACAGUAGUGGGUGCAGAGACCCACAGCUAGACAUUAGGAUAGAGUCUAAAUUAGUCCCUCCCCUUGGAGAUCGGUGAAUCUCUUGCCAGAGUAGGAAGAAAAUGUAUAGGCGUUAGAGAGGAUGGAGGACAUCAGAGCAAAGUAGACCUUUGAAUCAGUUAAGCAGGGCUCGCAGAGACUGAAGCAGCAAGCAAGGUGCCUGUAUGGAUCUGAACCAAAUCCUCUGCUUAGUGUUUUUGCGGGACUCUUAACAAUAGAAACAGGAAUGUUUCCUUUGCCUGCUAUUGGGGCUCUUUCCCUCCUGUUGUUCACCUUGAUAUGAGGGCCUUUGCCCUGUCUUACGGUAUCUUGUUAUGCCAUGUUGGGCUGAUAGCUUUGGGAGGCCUGUUCUUUUCUGAAGAGGAAACAGAGGGGGAGUGAAUCUGGGGAGAGGAGAGGUGGAGGAAGGAACUGGAAGAUGAGGGAGGAGAAACUAUAGUUGGGAUGCAUGGUAUGAGGAAAGGAUCUAUUUUCAAUGAAAAAGUUGGUUUUUCUUAAAAUCAAUGUUCGAUGAUAUUUGAUUAAAAAAAAGGAAAGCAUAUAACAAAUACACUUUACACACAUGCAUAGGUUGUAAGAGAGCAGGUAUUAAGAUGAAUAGGGAUCCAUACCUGUGCAAAGAGAGAGGGGAAGCAGGACUGGGGACAGGGAGAAAUGAAAGUGUGCUGCAGGCCUGACACCCUUGGCCCAUUCUUGAUUCCAGAUCAACAACUUCCCAGCAGCAUCCCACGUUGGGUGAAAAGAGCAAAUGCUUUACAACUUUCCUUGGUCCACUGUUGCAGGCAGCAUAUCGGGAACAGCAGGGCCUUAGGAUAGGGUGGUUCUCAAUGGAGAACAUGCCGAGGGAGUUAACCUCUGGGGCUUGUGUCAACCGCUACUCCCAAGGCUAGCAGUAAACCUCUGUAGAGAGCAAUGUGAGGGGCAUAUCUGGGUCUACUUUGGGUUUAAAAAAAAACCAUAAGAACCAGCGAGUAUCAUAUAUGUGAUGCCACAUCUCAAAGGUUCACCACUUCUACCAGUCAAUCAGUUUCUAGUUAUCCUUUUAAUCCAAUUCAUCAGAACUGUGUUUGCAUAUUUUUCAAAAUAGGACCCUCUGGCCAUAUCUCUGUGGAAUCUGAAUUCAGUAGGCUGAGGGCAGGAUCUAGGAUUCUUAGUCAUUUUGUAGCAUGUAUUCUGGCUGGUUGUAUAGGUGACAGGGCUAGCAGUAACAUUAGUGAGGAAAGCACAUGCAUUAGCAUAGCAGUGGGUUUAGAUGUGAAUUGGUACUUCUGGAAGAAGCUACGGAAUAUUAUUUGGUACUCAAGGGAUUAAAAAUUCAGGACUAAGGAGUGUUUGAUUAUGUCUAACAUUGUUGUAUCUAAGUUUGUGACUGCUGCUCUUCUGAUCACCUGAAGAAAAUAUUACAGGAAAUAAAGUUGCUUUAUGAUUCAAGAAAGUGACAGAGUCAGCAAGUGAGUGAAAUAAUUUGCUAUGCAAGUAACUCUUGGGUUUUUUGUAAAGGUAAUUUGCAUUUUUUCCAAAUUCUAUUUUACUUUUUGUCAUUCAACACAAAACUGGCAAUGGACAUGUGUUUUUAAAACUGUCCCUAGCAUACAAAGAAAGCAUUUCUAAGAGUGCAGUAAACUCAUUAAAUUUGCACAUUGACAUGGAAAGUACAAGUUUUAGAUCAAGCAGUAAAUGACUAUAAUGGGAUGGUUGGAGAUUUAAAAAAGAAAAACACCUAGCUACUGAAUAAGUUAUAAACACAAAAGCAAGACAGAUUUACCACUGAGCAAUGCAUUUUUGAAUCCGACUUCUUUCACUUCUUUACCAGAAUAAAGUCAAGAGUAAGAAUCUGGGUCAAAGUCUUGGCCAAUGGCGCUCCCAGCACUUGGGGGGAUAAAUAGUCACAUAGACUGGUAAAAUACCAGCAUGGACAUCACUUACAAUUCAUUAAAUGUUUUAUAAGAUUGUUCCAAAUGUUAUCUACUUAGUAUGGAUUCCUUUAUAUGAAAAGAAAAUCAUGAGACUGGGAAGAUGGCUUGGUCAAGGUCAGUAAAACCCUUCCUGUGCGAGCCUGAGGGCCUGAGUUUAGAUCCCUUGCAGAACAUAAAAGGCCAGGUAUGGUAGCACCUAUUUGUAAUUCCACUGCUGGGGGUGAAGGACAGAUAGUGAUUCCUGGAGCUCAUGACCAGUUUCUCUUGUCAAAUGGAUGAGCUUCUGGUUCAGUGAAAGACACUGUGUAAAAAACAUAAGGGGCAGAAUCAUUGAGAAAGACGUCUGGCCCCAGCAGAAGGCACACAGCAUGUUCAUCUACCGACAUACACAUUUACAUACACCCACACGCACCAAAAGAAGAAGGAAGAGGAGGAGAAAGAAGAACGGGGAGAGGAGUGAAGGAGGAGGAAGAGGAGGAGGGAGGAGGGGAGAGGAAAACAACCACCAGAGAACUGUGAAGGUCUGAAGCUGACAGAGUUUACUUGUGGUUCGGAUGGUAUCUCAAGCUUUAGGAAGGGUGAUUCAAGGUUUUUCUUCGAAACCCCUCAGGCCAUUUUAGAGGUACAUUGAGCCUUGCUUCAACUGCCAACAGGACUUUUGCAUACCAUACUGAUCAGGGAAGGGGAAUGAGUUGUAUACAAUGAACCAUGAGCAGGGUGCCUCCUUGGUCAGCAGUGCAGAUUCUAGAAGCUCAGCAGACUGACUGUAUCACCUGGCGUGCCAGGGGUACGUUGCUAUUUGCACUGGUUGGCUGAGUUCCUUAAAUUCAGGAGCAGUGUUUAUUCAUGUUGGUAUUCCAGCCACUAUGGCUUAUCUGUUUGAAGGAAUAACUACACAGUUGGCAUUCCCUCUAGGCUCCGCCCCUGUUACCUGGCAACAGCAAGGUGUGCCUGAUUCCCUAUAAAAGAGGAUGUUUGCUCCCUCCUCACUCUCCUCUUCCUUCUCUGUCUCUUCUCUCCCCAUUCCCCUCCCCCCUCUCUCUCCAUGUGUUCUUGGUGGGCCCCUAUUCCUCUCCCUCUCCCUUCCCCCUCCCUUUCCCUCUCCCCCUCCCUCAACUUUUCCCUUUCCCUCCCCUUCCCUUUCCCUCUCCUCCUCCCUUUCCUCCUCCUCCUCCCCCUUCUCCCUCUCUCUGCCUUUCUCUGUCUCUACUCCCCCAACUCCCCUCCCCAUGCCCUAAAUAAACUCUAUUCUAUACUAUACUGCAGUAGUGUGGCUGGUACUUCAGGGGGAAGGGAUGCCUCAGCAUGGGUCCCCCAGAGGCACCCCUUCCAUACCGUGCAUCCACCAAACACAUCUCUGGUUUCUUUUCCUUUUUUUUUUUUAAUAAAACACAACAUACACUAACUGGAGUUUGGCCUUGGAAGGAUACUGAUGGACGUAUCAUCAGCCUCUGAGGGACAAAAAAACUCUCAAUUUCAUGCAAUGAGUAAAAAUGCACAGGUGCCAACCCUUCAUCAGGAGUUACCGAGUUCCUGUUGUGAUAAGCUAGUGAUUAAAUGUGAGCUGCGAGCCGCAGCCCCUCACAACCCUGAGCUAUCCAAUUCUGAACUUUUCCCAUUUCUUACUUUACUGCUUUAUCUAGACAACAACCACAUAAAACAUAUGGAAAAUGAAAGUUUCCUUUAAUUGGUAUUCAAGAUCUCAUUUUGCUUAGAACUUUAAUAUUUAGGAAGAACACAUAGCCAGUACUAACGGUGAGCCUGUUCUGCUGAUAGGCAUCUACAGUCUGAAGGAGGAGGCCCUCCCCUCCUCUGUGGAUGAAAUGUACCCUGUCAGUCAUUUUCUCCAUCACGUCAGCUAAGCCUUCAUUGGUUUCAUGACAAAAAAUGUUCUCAUCUUACUGUGCCAUGGUGGGACCAUGGGGGGAGGGUUGUAAGAUACGUUACACUGAUGAAGAAUAAUAAUCAUAAUCUACGAAAAUGGAAAAUGUAUGCUCACCACAGGUACUUUUAGUAUAAAUUCCUUGACCCUGAUUUGAUCAAAAUCUAAACCUAAAGACUGUAACAAUUUAGAUUUUUUUUUUUAAGUUUAAUUGUUCACUUUGAGAAAAACCUCAAGGUUAUGCAAGAACGGUGGCAGAGCGGAAGCAAGGAGCCAGCUGCUCUGCACAUCAGAGGGCUUGAAAGAGAACAGCAGAUUGGAUCAGAAACAAAGCCACAGCGGGCCUCUCGCUUUCACAAAUCCUUCAGGCUGCUCAUACUGUCCUCUCCCACCAGGUCUCCUGAUUUUAUUUUAUUUUAAUUAAUUAAUUUUUCCCCUAAGAUUCUGCUAGGGUGAAUAAUAUGACCCAGCUCUGAAGAUCUCCAGGGAGGAAGAGGAAGCCUUCUACUUGAAGAGUUUCCUCUUACCUGACAUUGGCUGGGAAUGAAAACACUGCCUGCCAUGCUUGUCACUCCCCGGUCCUUUAGGGAAUUCUUCAUCCUUCUUCUGGGCCUCUGGAGCAUCCUUUGUAAGGAACCUACUAAGAGGAUCGGUGAAGAAUGCAGAGUGCAACUUAAAAUUAAGAGGAAUUCUAGCCGCUCUGCCUGGACAGGAGAGUUAUUUAAAAUUGAAUGUCCUGUGACAUACUGUGUUCACAGACCUAAUGUGACUUGGUGUAAGCACAAUGGAACAAGAUGUGUACCCCUUGAGGUUGGACCCCAGCUGCACACUAGUUGGGUUGAAAAUGACCAGGCUUCAGCUUUUGUUCUCUAUUUUGAACCAAUACAUCUCAGUGAUGACGGGGUAUAUACCUGUUCUGCGAACUUGAAUUCUGAGGUUAUUAAUAGCCACUCAGUAGUCAUCCAUGUGACAGAAAGGACUCAAAACUGUUCAGAACACCCUCUAAUAACAUCUGACAUCCCAAAUGCUACCAAUGCCUCAGGACCAUCUACCAUGGAAGAGAGGCCAGGCAGGACCUGGCUGCUUUACGCCUUGCUUCCCUUGGGGACAUCGCUUCUGCUCCUUGCCUGUGUCUGCCUGCUCUGCUUUCUGAGAAGGAUCCAAGGGAAAGAAAAGAAGCCUUCUGACUUAGCAGGAAGAGAAAGGGAAACUAACUUGGUUGAUAUUCCAGUGAGUUCCAGGACAAACUCCCAAAUACUGACAUCAGAAACUGGAAUUUAUGACAAUGACCCCUGGUCCAGUAGGCUGGGAGAAUCUGAAUCAACCAUUAGCUCACAAUUGGAGGGAAACAAACAGGGCAUUGUUUAUGCCUCUCUGAACCAUUGUGUUAUUGGAAGGACCCCAAGACAGGCAAGCAAGAUUCAGGAGGCACCCACAGAAUAUGCAUCCAUUUGUGUGAGAAGUUAAACCGGCCGCUGACCCAGUCGGUGGGCACUGCACGAGUGCAUGUCAAUACCUCAGUCUGUCAAAUAACCUUCAACCUGGGAAUUUUCAAUUAAGAUGCCUUGUGCUGGUGCUGUGUCUUAAAGGUCCAUGAAAUAUUUAGUUAAAAUUUCUCUGAAAACCUGAAGAGUUUUGUACAAGAGCCUUGAACAACAGACUCUUCUUUGGGAAAACUCAUAUUACAAAUAGCUAAAUAAUAGGAUAGUUAAAAUUGAUCAUGUCUUACCCAAUGUGUGAAUUCAAUAUUUUCUUUGGAACUACCACGGAGACUUACAGGGAAGAAAGAAGAGUGUUAUUUGGAUCUGUUCACUACACAGUCUAGAAAAAGAAUGGUCCAAUUUGACUAAUCAUAAAUACAGAAAUGAUUGUAUGUUCUCAGUCUGUCAUAAGGAGACAAUUUCCCAUGCCCAUCUAUAGAUAGUGUUUUAUAAUUUUUUAAUGGAAAAGAAAGUUAUCUUGGACUCAAUUCAGUAAAAGAUUAGAAAGGGUAAUUAGUACAAUGCAGAUAUAGAAUAUGUCAAAUAGAUGUGGGGUCAAGCUUUAUUAUCCCCACCGAUGAGAUGUUCAUCUUCACCCGGCUUGAUUGAGAAAGUAAGGUAGUAAAGGGUUCAUCAGUAUAUAUGAGUGCAUUUGUAAUCAAGGAAUGUACAUGAAUGUGAUUCAAUGCUGCUGAACUAAUACAGAUGGGUCUAUGAACAAGAGUCUAUGAGCAUAGAUAUUAUCAAUUGAGACUGAACUUUUAACCCACUUUUUGUUUUACCUGAGAACACACUCAAAGGACAAUUUAUGAAAGGAACAUCUGGAAUAUUGAGUUGAUCAGUAGGGGUUGGCAUACAAUCAUGAACGUCUGUUUCUUGAUUCUUAUGAAGUGAGUCAGGAUGAAGCAUUUGUAAUGAGGUACGGCAUAUGGAGAUCAUUCAGGUUUAAAUUCUGACAUUGCAGCUGCUCAGGAAGAUGAUUAAAAUUUUCAGGUGUUCUGAAUUUUCAGAUUGAGUCUAAUUACUUAAAAAUAGCUCAGACUUUUAUUCAUCAGCUUGAGGCUUGAGUUCUCAGACCCCGAAAUAUGUCGUAGUCUUAGUAUACAGCCGAUUGUGGCAUGAGUUUGAAGCCACUGGAUCAAACACGUGAACUAUUGAAUGAGUGAAUGUGGUCUAUGUAAUUGCAUGCAUAUAUGCGGGUGUGCCUGUGUGUGUGUGUGCUAGCAUGCAAAUGCAAGAUGUGACUUCCGGAAAUGAGACAAGAGAAACGAGUUGUAUUGCCAUUCUAUUUUUAGUCUGCUUAGAAGGUGCAAAGCACUGAGGGAAAUUAGUCAUUUGUAGAAAAUACAUGUGGAAUGGUGAGAAUGGGAGGGAGGUGAGAAUGGGAGGGAGUUGAGAAUGUGUCCAUAAAAAGGGAAUAAAGAGGCCUAACUACACAGCUUUUUUUUUCACCUCCUGCUCACCUCAGGUUUCAGUUCUCUAAAUUUGAGACAACGGUGUUUUCAGACACUGUUGUAACCAAUUCUAGUGAAGGUUGUUCAGGCAGGUGCACUUGUGGGAAUUUAUGCAAAAAGGACCUCAGAAUAGCUGCUCAUCCUCAAAAUAGAAACAGGAAGUGUGGGAGGGAGAUGAGUACUGCACUCUGUUGACAGGCAACUUAUACAAUUCUUUCAGGAUUUUCUCUGAUUUUAAAAACAAAAUACUUCUACCUAGCUUAAAACAAUCUUUUAAAAACUUUGUGUGUGCAUGUAUAUUUGGGUAUACAUGUAUGCAUGUGUGUGGUGUAUGCACAUGUAUGUACAGGAGCCAGAAGCCAAAGUCAGGCACCCUUUUCUAUUGCUCUCCACUCUAUUCUGUUAAGAAAAGGUCUCUCAUUGAACCUGGAGCUAGGCUAGUGGGCAGCAAGCCAGUGAUGGAUCCUCCUGUCCCUGUCCCCCACUCCCCCACUGCUAGGGAUCUAUUUGCUCAUGUUCAACUUUUUACAAGGAUGUGGAGAACGCAAACUCGGGUCCUCAUGCUUGCACAACAAGCAUGCUCGCUUGCUAAGCAUGUUCUUAAUAUGUUUUACAAUGAAAGACACUGCUCGGGGAUUUCACCUCCAUGAAUGAUCAGUUCUGUUUGAACCUUGUUUGUCAAUCACAUAUCAUUUAUGCUCUUAUUCCUGCUUAGUACAUAUGUGUAUCUCCUCAAAUAAAUACGUUCCAGUAUU